UCGACGCAGUUUGACGCUUCGGGGGUGGAGGUACUACGGGGAGAGAACGACGGAGCGGAGAGUCAUUCAGGGUUAAAAUAUUCCGCCUUGGGGGGUGGGGGAGGACAUACUUCACUGCCAACCCGGUGACAAGGUUGGGUCUGCGGUGCCUGCAACCCAGGAAAACAUGGAGCUCGAGAAUAUCGUGGCCAACACAGUCCUGUUGAAAGCAAGAGAAGGAGGUGGUGGAAACAGAAAAGGAAAGAGCAAGAAAUGGAAACAGAUGCUUCAGUUCCCCCACAUCAGCCUGUGUGAGGAGCUCCGGCAAACUACAGAGAAAUACUAUAACAGCCUUUGUGAGCGGCAGCCAAUCGGACGCAUGCUCUUUCGGCAGUUCUGUGAAACCCGGGUUGAGCUGAGGCGCUGUGUCAAAUUCCUGGACACUGUGGCAGAGUAUGAGGUCAGUCCAGAUGAGAAGAGGAGGGAGUGUGCUCAGGAGCUCCUAGACAAGUACUUCAGCCCAAAGUCAGAGGAUCAUGUCCCCGAGUUGGGGGAGGAAAUGAUGGGUCAGUUUACAGAGAGACUGGAGCAGGAGCAGGAGCCCUGUAAAGAACUCUUCAACGAGUGCACCAAACUGAUCCAUGACUACCUGAGCGUGGCUCCCUUCGCAGACUACCUCGACAGCAUGUACUAUAACCGAUUCCUGCAGUGGAAGUGGCUGGAGAGGCAGCCAGUCACCAAGAACACAUUCCGACAGUACAGGGUAUUAGGAAAGGGAGGCUUUGGUGAGGUGUGUGCUUGCCAGGUGCGAGCCACAGGAAAGAUGUACGCGUGUAAGAAGUUGGAGAAGAAGAGGAUUAAGAAGAGGAAAGGAGAGUCCAUGGCCUUGAACGAGAAGCAGAUUUUAGAGAAAGUCAACAGUAGGUUUGUAGUGAGUCUAGCGUACGCCUAUGAGACGAAGGACGCUCUGUGUCUGGUGCUCACCCUGAUGAACGGGGGAGACCUGAAGUUCCACAUCUACCACAUGGGAGACGCCGGCUUUGAGGAGAAGAGGGCUGUGUUCUACUCUGCCGAGCUAGCCUGUGGCCUGGAGGACCUGCACAGAGAGAGGAUCGUCUACAGGGACCUGAAGCCUGAGAACAUACUAUUGGACGACCAUGGCCAUAUCCGGAUAUCAGACCUGGGCUUGGCUGUCCACGUGCCCGAGGGAGAGACUAUCAAGGGUCGAGUUGGCACCGUUGGGUACAUGGCUCCGGAGGUGGUUAAGAAUGAGCGCUACACAUUCAGCCCAGACUGGUGGGCGCUGGGCUGUCUGCUGUAUGAGAUGAUCGAGGGCCAGUCUCCCUUCCAGCAGCGCAAGAAGAAGAUCAAACGUGAGGAAGUGGAGAGGCUGGUCAGAGACGUGGAGGAGGAGUACUCAGACAAGUUCUCAGAGGACACCAAGUCCCUCUGCAAAAUGCUGCUGGCCAAAGAGCCCAGUGAGAGGCUGGGCUGCCAGGGGGAGGGUGCUACGGAGGUGAAGGCCCACCACAUCUUCCGAUMCAUCAACUUUAAAAGGCUGAAGGCUGGCAGGCUGAAGGCCCCCUUCACCCCUGAUCCCCAGGCCAUUUACUGUAAGGACGUACUGGACAUCGAGCAGUUCUCCACGGUCAAGGGGGUGGAGUUGGAGCCCAAAGAUGACUCCUUCUACUGUAAAGUGUCCACAGGCAGCGUGUCCAUCCCCUGGCAGAUGGAGAUGAUCGAGUCUGAGUGCUUUCAGGAGCUCAAUGUGUUUCACACAGACGGGACAGUUCCCCCGGACCUGGACUGGAGAGGACAGCCCUCGCCACCACCCAAGCAAGGGCUGCUGCAGAGGCUCUUUGGGAGACAGGACUGUUGUGGGAACUGCAGCGACAGUGACGAGGAGCCCACCAGGCUGUGACUGAGCUCCCUCCUACCAACUACACCAAGGAUCUCAUUUGUUUACAAAUUUUGCACAUUUGUAUCUUUAAGAUAGUUCUAUAUAAAUAUUGGAAUGUAUAUUUUCAGUAUAUAGCCAUAAAGUCCAUGUCAUUUAAAUGUAAUCAUUAUUCAGAACCCAUCAUAGGAGGCAACAACAGGUAAGCCUAAAACUGCUAUGUGGUCACCCCCCCCAAUCUGUUGAUAGUGUUGUCAGCUUUUCUUUCUAAUUUUCUUUCUAUUUUAAAAAAUGUCGACCGUGCUCAGAUUGCUAAGUGUUUCUGAAUGGGGGAUGAAUGAAAAGUGUACGUCCACAACUAUUUUUAUAUUUAUAUUUUAUUUACUUCAUGUAAUUCUAGGCAAUCAAAUUAGGAAUGUUGUGUGAACUGUAGGCUUAAAGGAAAUUGAAGACUAAGGUGAACUUUUGGUAUGAGGUGAUACAUUAUGUACAUUCUAGGGUUCAAUCUAGAGACACUUGAUAUAAACCAAAUAGAUAUAACUUAACAAUGCAUAUGUAAGUGCAAACAAGUGUAUAAUUUGUGACACUCGCCUCUAAAGUCCUAAGUGUGUCUUCCAAUGAAUCUGAGUUUAGGUAGAAAGCAUGUUAGUUCCCAACCAUAUUAGGAGCUAGAGAAGUGAAUUGACAAAAAAAAMAACUUAAUUGUAGUACAGUCAUUCAGUUGUAAGAAAUUACCUUUUUCGUAAGACGUGGAUAGCCGAGAAUGUUCUUGAGUUUCCUCUACCAUGACAUCCUCUAGAUGGCUACACGUUUGUCACGGAGCACUUGAGUUUAAUUAAGCAAUGCACUUAUGACCAAACCGGUUUGUUUUCAUCCUCCAAAUAUUUUUUAUGAUUAAUUCCUUCCCAUUCAAGGUUCCUUUGAUGGUUUAUGGUACUCUAUAUAAUUACCAUAUUUUAUCAAAUCUAACAAAGCUGUCUGUCAAGUAGGUUGAGACCAUGCUGCGUCUCUCUCUCCCUCCCUCUGCUGUACCUCGUGUUCCUUUGCCGUGCUGAUGUGUUUCUCUGCAUCGUGUAACUCAGUGGGAUUCUCCUUGUAAAUGUGGGACUAUAAUAGGACUGAGGGACUGAGCUCCCUGACAGACUAUGGGUCUAUGGUAUCACCCUCUGAACCCUCCUUACCAGAGACUCUAUCAGACUGAGGAAGAGGAGGAAGAAGGUUCAACGGGGAAGGGAGGGGUCACCGAGAGGUCAAACCAUCUCAAUGUAAAGCUCAGCACUCUUACGGAAAUUGGAAGAGACUCCCAAACUCCUCCUACCAUCCCCGUCUCUCAUUAUCAAAUCAUGUUUUAUCGUAUGUGAUUCUCAAAUUAACUUGCCUACAUUCCACUCUAUACCGUACUGUACAGUGUAAAGUUAUGCUACUUUUGUUUAUUUUGCAAUGUUUUUUUUACCAGUGUAACGUUACAACUACAACAACAAUAACAGUUCCACCAUGAAACUAGAAUAGGACUGAAAGUAAGAUUAGUAUGAUUUGUCUUUACGAUGUGCUCCUGAGCCAGGCUUACACACUGUGAGAGGAGGGAGGGCUUCUGUCUGUCUCUGCAUCCAUGAAACACCUCUGACACUCUUUUUGCAAUGCACUGAUGUUUUUUGUGUGUGUGUGUGCGCACGCACGUGUGUACGCAUGUGUCCAUAUGUUACCAUAACCACUAGACUCUGUACCCACUUGGCACAAACUGGUCAAGUCAACGUUGUUUUAACGUAAUUUGUCAACAUAUUGUGACGUGGAAAAUACAUUGGAUUUGAAAAAAGUAAUCAACUGUUGUAAUUUCAACCACAGGAAUAUAUCAUCAUAAUAACCAA